GUGGCCGCGUGAACCCUGUUCGGGACAACGAGGUUUAUUAGGGAAGUUUAGCUUCGCUCUCUCUCAGACUCUCUCACUCACACCAAAACCAGUUUCUUGAAUCAUCGACAGCUCUUUCUCAUCGAAAUUCCUUUUCUUGAAUCAUCGAUAAAUUGUUGAAACCAUCAUAAAAUAUGGUGAAAACAAAGCAUAAGAAGACCAAACCUCAAAAACAGGCCCAUAUCAAAAAGCAUGGAAAGCAUGCCGACAUUUCCGAAUUUCGUGCUCAGCUUGAUGCAUUGGGCUUAAAGAUUAUCCAAGUGACGGCAGAUGGUAAUUGUUUCUUCAGAGCAUUAGCAGAUCAGUUGGAAGGCAAUGAUGAGGAGCACGAAAAGUACAGGAGUAUGGUGGUGCAAUAUAUUUUGAAGAACCGUGAGAUGUAUGAGCCCUUUAUUGAAGAUGAUGUACCAUUUGACGAAUAUUGUCAAUCAAUGGACAAGGAUGGCACAUGGGCUGGACAUAUGGAAUUGCAAGCUGCUUCUCUUGUUACCCAUACUAAUAUAUGCAUACACCGGAAUAUGUUUCCUCGCUGGUACAUACGGAAUUUUGGAGACCGUGAAGCUCGAAUGAUCCAUUUAUCUUAUCAUGAUGGGGAACAUUACAAUAGUGUACGGUUAAAGGAAGAUACUUGCCUUGGACCAGCUAGACCAAUCAUAAUCAAGGCUGAUGCUGACGUUUCAGCAACAUCCCAUCAAGCAAAAGCUGCUGUCACCAAGUCUAAAGGGGAAGCUGGUAAGAAUUUUAUGCAUGCGGAACCCAUCAAAUUAGUCAUGGUUGGAAGUGGAUGCGAAAGUGAGAAAAAAGUUGAACAGGUUUUACAGCAAGUGGGUGGUGAUGUUGAUGCUGCUAUAGAGUUUCUCAUAGCGGAACAAGGAACAGAAGAGUACUUGGUUGAAAGUGAUAAUCUACCUUGUCCAGCGGAUUCUUCUCAUGGCGACGGUGAAAGAGGGUACUGUGAACCAAGCAAGGAAGAACUUUCAGACAACUCAUGCAAACUGGAUACAUCUUUCCAUAAGGAAAGAACUACUGAUAAUGACAGUUCUCAGCAGGAUGAGAAGAAAAUACCCAGAAACAAGGUUUGUCCAUGUGGUUCAAAGAAGAAAUACAAGGCUUGUUGUGGAUCAGUUGCCGGGAGAUCCUCUGCUAAAUUUGUAAUAAACCAAACUGUUGACUAUGGCAAGCGUCGAAAGGAAAGAAAGCAAGGCAAGAAAGGUGAAGCUGCUACUGUUGCAAACCACCAUGGAUGCGAAGGAGGGCCGCCUGACAUGGGUGCACUUUGUAUUUGAGCAUCAUCUGGAGAAGGUGCUUAUGCUGCUACAACUGAAAUAGACAUCUAUUACAGGUGUCACAGGUCAGUGAUGAGUUGUCUCUCAUUUAUGAACAUGUUUAACUGCUGAAAACUCAAAUAACCUUGCACAGUUCUUUUCCUUUAAUCACGUGGGCCCAGUUAUUGAUCUCUACAUAAUAAGUUUCUUUCAACAUUUAUUUUUCGUGAAAAACAUUGCAAAAACCAUAAAGAGAGAAAAACAGUGAAAAGGAAGUACCACAAAAGAAAAAGUCAGCCACUGUUCCUUUUUCUCUCUUUCCCUAGCGAGUUUUGAUUCUAGUGAGUAUAACAACAGUUCUUCUACCCUAGAAAAGAGGCUUACCACUUACCCCUAUACAUCAUAACUGUAUGCAGAGUGAAGAUGUAAUUGAUCAUCUACUUUUCAACUGUACAUUUGCCAAAGAUCUAUGGUGCUGGUUUCUGCAUUUUCUAAUUGGAAUCGUACUGGGAUGACUCUCUUCAGCAACUUUUCAACUGGUCUGUUGACAAAUUCGAAGCUGAUUCUAAGAAGACCUCUUCUGUAGAAUGAUACUUCUAUUUUGUGGAAUAUUUGGAGGGUAAGUAACCAAAGACUCCAUCAAGGCCGUUCUUAGAAUGCUCAUCAUCUUCUUGCUAGGCUAUUCUUAAGUUUCCAUAAUUUUAUCAAUGGUGAUGGGUUUGGCCGACCUCAUUCAUAUGGGAUUAAGGCAAGGAUGAUGAUGCUGAUGAGUUACUCCUUUCUUCUAUUGUACGGUGAGGGUAUGCCCUCACCUAAAUCCUUUCACUUUUCUACUUUUAUAGUAAUACAAAUUUCCCAUUGAGGCAAAAAGGAACAAAAGAAAAAAGAAAAAAAAACAACAACAGUUUUUCUUGCUUGACAUGCAUUUAGAUAUUAGUAUUAGACUUAAACCUAUGAUUCCUAUGAAUAUCAUUAUUUUAUAUUUUUAGAAUAUCCAGAGGGAAUGCUGUAUUGCUAGACUUUUGUCUCAGACAUAAAAGCAUGUCUGAUCAUGGAAUGGUAAUGGUAUGGAGUAACUGUCGUCAUUUAAAAAGUGAUUGCUAAGCAUGCAUAUAUAUUUGGUUCUUUCAGUUCAAUUGUGCUUUGAAGUUUUUGUACUUGGUGUCCUUUUGCAGAAAUGAAAAUGAAAUGUCUGAAAUUUUUGGAAGGAAAUGAAAUGGACAUUGUUUUUUAUUUUUUUGAGGAAAAUCAGAAUGUGGUCAAGGCUACAAUGUAAUGACAAAUUGCAUGGCUUGUUAAUGGUGGUUAAUUCAGAGUGAGGAAGGUAGUGUGGGCAAGAGGCAGGAUUCCCCAUCAACUUUGAAUUCCUAAUGUUUGGGGCUCUUUUUUUGUUUGUUUGUUUGUUUUACUUGUGCACAUUUCACAAUUGGCCACUGCGGGGCUCGAAUACCUCACUUUCUCUUUGAGGGAGGAGAAGUUAUACCAUUGUACUUUAGGAGGAGGAGGAGAAGUAAAAGUAGAAGGUGAAAAUACUAAUAGGCUACAACACAUCGUCCUAUGAGAACUUAAAAUACUUUAGAAGGUGAAGCUUUGGUGGCAUGUUACUGCUUAAGUGGGUAUAAAACACAGAUCACAUGAAAUUGUAAAGUUCCCUCAUUUUUGGUUGAGAAUGUAUUGGCUUUUCAAAUGAAGAUUUCCCAACAAUUUUGUUGUCAUGUAUUCUAUGAGAAAAGCAAUCUUAUCAA